AUGUUUACUCGUCGUAUACUUGAAUUGCUCUAUGAAGAUGAUGAGGAACUCGAACGCCUUGAACAUAUUCGCCAUAUCAAUGAAUUACUCGACUCUGAAACGAUUCCCGGCCGUGGUGGAUCACAUCUGGUAGAAGACGCUUCAGAAUGUCCAAGCGGUUAUUCUUGUAAUCCCGAAGAGAUGAAAAGAUACAGCGAUGAGUAUCUUCGAGUGGCGGAGAGCACCGCUUUGGAGUCAUUGAUCAAGUUUUGUGAAAACUUAAAUACCAUCUUCGGUGACAAAUACUUGCGACAGCCCAAUAGCAUGACGUCCAACGGUUGCUCUCAGAAAAUGCAGCAAGGGGAUUUCCUGGAAUGCUUGGCUCCAUUGACUGUAUGCAUUGGCAAUGGGACAAUUGCCCUGUUGCUUGGCAUGGUGCUUACACAGGUCGCUCAAAGCAUGCAAGCACGGUUCUGA